ACACAGGCCACGUAGGCAAUUCUUCUGUUCAAAUAUGACCGUUGCUACAUUACGCCAAUAAAGACCAAAAAUUCUCUCUUCUGUGUUUGAAAUCAGAUCGGAAGCAAAAACUCUCUCUCUCUAUAUCUCUUUCUCUCUCUAUCUCAUUUGAGUGCGCGACUGCAUAUUUCGAAAAUGGCGAUCGCCACCGAGUCUCAAGAAGAACACCAGAUUUCUUCGGAGAGCACUGCAGCAGAGAGAUUGAGAUGGACUCUAAACGACUUCGACAUAGGAAAGCCUCUCGGCAGAGGAAAAUUCGGACAUGUGUAUCUCGCUAGAGAAAAGAGGAGCAAUCAUCUUGUGGCACUAAAGGUAUUGUUCAAGAGCCAGCUAAAACAGUCGCAGGUUGAGCAUCAGCUUCGCCGUGAAGUGGAAAUACAAAGCCAUCUGCGACACCCUAACAUAUUACGACUCUAUGGUUACUUUUACGAUCAGAAACGAGUUUAUUUGAUUCUGGAAUAUGCUGCCAAGGGUGAACUUUACAGAGAGCUGCAGAAGUCCAAAUAUUUCAAUGAAAGACGCGCUGCUACAUAUGUGGCGUCAUUAGCUCGGGCACUUAUUUAUUGCCAUGGAAAGCAUGUGAUUCAUCGAGACAUUAAACCAGAGAACCUUUUGGUUGGAGCACAGGGUGAACUGAAAAUUGCAGACUUUGGUUGGUCUGUGCACACUUUCAAUCGCAGACGAACUAUGUGUGGCACACUAGAUUAUCUCCCACCUGAGAUGGUGGAGAGUGUGGAGCACGACGCAAAUGUGGAUAUAUGGAGCCUUGGUGUCCUUUGCUAUGAAUUUCUAUAUGGGGUUCCUCCUUUUGAAGCAAAAGAGCAUUCGGACACAUAUAAAAGGAUUAUCCAGGUGGAUUUAAAAUUCCCUCCCAAACCAAUCGUCUCUUCGGUUGCAAAGGAUCUCAUAAGUCAGAUGCUUGUCAAGGACUCCUCAAAGCGUUUGCCUUUACACAAACUGCUUGAGCAUCCAUGGAUCGUGCAAUACGCCGAUCCGUCUGGCGUUUACAAGGGUUGAUUGAUGUGUUAAAUUUUCUUUAGCCCCAUCAUCAACUAAAAUAAAGUCAGUCUUAUGUAAAAAUAUCUGUGUUGUGCCAACUAGAUUCGAGUAUGGUAUUGUUCUCUCGUAAACUGGAAACUAUUGAUCUGGAUCGAUGUAUUGAUUUGUAGUAUUAUGAAUUAAUGAUUUACUUUGCCUUGCGAA